AUGAAAGUGCACAGCUCGCUUAUGGGAGUUGGCGGUUGGUACGAAAGUUUUGCGGCCGGUUGGCUUGCAGAUAUGAGGAGUAAGAAGGUCCCCACUUCGACCACCUCGGCCAGGCGGCUCGCUGCCUUAAUUCGUCCUCUAGCUGGAGGGGGGUCAGAAGGAAAGCCCGAGGAGGAAGAGGAGAGGGGCAGUUCGCCGCUCGGGCCCGGUGGCCCUUUCAGCUGCAGCCAGUGCCGCGGUGCUUACCCCACGCGCGAACAGCUAGAGAAGCAUGAGACCCUACACUCCCCGAGCACUCAGACCUGCAACAUCUGCUACAAGACCUUCCCCAAAAUGAACCAAUUGCAGCGACAUGCUUUAAGCCACAAUGAAAACCCUGAUCUACGAAAAUAUAAGUGCACUAAUUGUGACAAAGCUUUCAAACAUAAUCAUCAUCUUAAAGAACAUUUGAGGAUUCACAGUGGAGAGAAACCCUUCGAAUGUGUGAACUGUGGGAAGCGCUUUUCUCAUUCGGGUUCAUACUCGUCCCACAUGACGUCUAAAAAAUGUCUCGCAAUGAAUCUUAAGAUGGGAAAAAUUAAAUCUAAUAACCGGAUUCAAAAUGUCGAUAAUCGUCCAAUGACGGCUCAAAGUAACGAAAUGGAAAAUUUUAAAUUAGACGGAUAUAAAGUGCCUUCUCAUCCCGCAGUCUUACCGAUGAUAAGUAAAUACAAAGAAGCGGCAGCUUUGUUCGCCUCAAUGUUUGGCCAUGCCAAUUUUAGUCCGGAAGUUUUGCACCAAAAAGUUACUCAAAAUUAUACACCUCUUAACAUACCAAUGGUCCAAAAUGGCUAUUUGUCAUACGACAUUCCUGGUUCUUUCAGUUACUUACAGCAUAUGAGUAAAACAGAAGAAACAUCUCGUGGUAACCCACACGAUUUGAUUGAAGAAGUAAGAGAGGAGAACGAAAAUGUAUCCGAAGGAACAGCUGAACUUGUUAUGGAUGUAGAUGCCGAUCCCGAUGAUAUCAAACAAAAUUGUAAAAAUUCCGUUCGAUCUGAAUUAAAACCUGUUGAUUAUGUAAAUAACCCUAUAUCAAUAAAAUCGCUGCUUCAGACAUGGCCUUGUGAGAGAAACGAGGUCGCGUCUUCUAAAGACGAUCAAGUUGAAGAAAUUUUAAAGACAAGUGAAGACGAAGACUCGUCAAAAGGCUUUCGAGAAGAAACCUCUCUAUACGGAGCAGAUCGGAAAGUCAGAGUCAGAACUGCACUAACUGAUGAACAACAAGCAGUUUUAAAAGAGCAUUUUGUUCUUAAUCCACGACCGAACAGAGAGCAGUUUAAAACUAUCGCUCAGCAAAUAAACCUCGAUAAUAGAGUCGUUCAAGUGUGGUUUCAAAAUAACCGCGCAAGGGAACGACGAACGAGCCAAAGUACGUGUCAACUAGAUCAACCACUUGAUUUAUCAACAAAAAAAACUAACGAAACUGAGAUACCCAGUCCGACAGCUUCUCCGACGUGUAACAUUUCAGUGACCUCUGAUUCAGAAGAAGCAAUAAAUUUAAGUCAAAGAUCGUCACGGAGUACAACUCCCUACCGUUCAAACCACUUAAACUCGUAUCCAGAUUCCAACUGCUCUUCCUCCUCUCUUACUGAUAUUCGCCUAUCUCCCGAAACUACGUCCGUGCCAAUGGAACAACUACUUUAUUAUAACAAUUUUAUCAACGGGCGUAGCGCACAUUUUCAAACAAAUAAUAAAUUGUCAGAAAACAUACAUAUGUGGAGUCCAUCUCGAGCCCAAUAUAUUAAUAACAAUCAACUGCAAAAGAAUUCCGAUGUCGACGGAGAAACAAAGUUGAAAAAAUCUAAAUUAAGAGAAAGCACUAUUGAUACUAAGUAUGAAGAUAAAUUAUAUUCUUGUGACCAAUGCGAGAAAACCUUUGUGAAGCAAGGUUCGUUAGUUAGACACAAAUACGAACACUCAGGUCAACGUCCGUACAAGUGCUUAGAGUGUCCAAAAGCAUUUAAGCACAAACACCAUUUGACCGAGCACAAGAGGCUGCAUACCGGGGAGAAACCCUUUCAGUGUUGCAAAUGUCUCAAGAAAUUUUCGCACUCCGGCUCGUACAGCCAACACAUGAACCAUAGGUUCGCUAUCUGCAAGCCGUAUAGAGAUUAG